AUGCGCCUUUCACACCACACUCCCCGCCGCUGUCGCGUCACCCGCUGCUCUCCGUCUCGCGUAGCUCGUUGCUUCAGUCUCGUCCUCGUCGCAGCAUGCCUCGCUGCAUGCAGCGCGCAGCGCGGAGGGGCGCGGCCAGGGUCGAUCCUGGCGGGGUUCGAGUAUCCGGAGCACGUGUGCGGGGUGGCGUGGCGCGACGAGUACGUGCGCCUGCACGCGCGCAUCAGAGCCGCCAGCCGCGACGCGUGGAACGCGCGACAGCCGCCAGAUGCCCCGUCUCCCGCGCCUUCGCCAGCGCCUUCGCCAGCGCCAGCACCCGCGCCCGCCGCACCACACGAAUCGCCGCCCCUCGCCUCCGCGGCGCCGCCACAGCCCGCCGUCGCGUCGCGCAGGCGCCUGGCGGACCACUAUCCCCCCGACGACGGCAAUCCCGCGGAGCCUGCAGCGGCGGACGACUCCGCGCCUGACGUGCCGCCCGCGGUGCGCUUUCUAACGUACGACUGGUACGGCACGUGCGGGGGCAUCGGCGACUACCUCAUCGGGCUCGUCUCCAUCUUCCCCGCCGCGCUGCUCGACCGCCGCGCGCUGCUCGUGGCGCAGCCCUGCAUGCACGCCGCGUUCCGCUCGCCGCACAUCGACACCGCGCUCUCCCCCGACGUGCCCAUGGGCGGCCACCCGCUGCUGCGCGCCACGCCCCUCGACGCACUCGUCGCGGGCGCGGGCGCGGGCGCGGGCGACGGCGGCAACAACAAGCGGCGGGUGGAGUGGCACGCGCCGCCGUGCGAGCGGCUGGAGGGGAACCUGAGCGCGGAGGUGAGGGACAGCAGCGCAGUGCCGUGCUUCAACAUGGUGGGGCAGAGCUUUGGCAUCCAGGACCUGCAGCGACACAGCCAGCUGAGCAACUACCGCAUGCGGUACAACCACGGGCUGUUGAUUAACACGCUGCUGCUGGACGAGGGGCCCUGGGCUACCGCGCUGAGGCGGCUGGGGUUCAAGAUCGCGUAUGGCUUCGGGUGUAUACUCCGGUUCCUCUUCAGUCCGCGGCCUGAGGUGUGGCAGCUAGUGGCGGGGAUAGAAGAGCAGGUGUGGGGCGAGGGCGUGGUGCGAGUGGCAGUGCACCUGCGCGUGCCAGACCAGACGGUGUGGCACUUCGAGGGCGCACCGCUUGAGACGUCGCAGCAACAACUGGAGGAGCUGCUGGCUGAGGCCAACAGCACGCUGCAGUGCGCUCAGACAGUGGAGGAUUUCUGGUACCCGCCUCCCCUGCAGGUGAAGUGGAUUCUCAUCACCAACUCGCAUCCGCUCAAGCAAGUGCUUAAAGCCAAGUACCCAGAUAAGGUGGUAGCAACGGACUUCGUCCCAUGGCACUCAGACCGAGCCACAGAGCACGAGAACACCAAUCUCACCUCGGCCGAGGAGCGUGAAGCAGCGCUGCGUGGCCUGCAGCACUUCCGGGAGACAGUGGCGGAGUGGGCGCUCGUGGCGUCCUGCCACACGUUCAUCAUCCCUGCAUCGGGCUUCUCUCGCACGGCUGCGCUCUACGCCCUGCGCCCGCUCGACAUGUUCAUUCCCCCGCCCGACCCCUGCAACCCCGAGGAGCCCACUCCCAUCUCUGCCCUGCGCGGCUCCUGGAGUGGCAUCUAG